AAUUCUGCUAGUGACUUGGCUUAUGACGCCCGCCUUUCAUCGGAGCUGAAGGAGACACGCGUCCGAGGUUUGUAGCGCUCAAAAACGGUCGUCAGGUGGUUUCAUCUCCUUCAGUCCUCGGUAUGGCUGGGAAAAUGGACAUGGACAUCGGUGGAGUGGCGAGGACGCACGUUUCUCUUCUGCCAGCCACUGAGAUUAAAGCCACCCUGAAGGCCCAAGCGGAGCGGCCUCGAUGUGCCAGCACCCCCUGUUCCCCCAUCAGAGGGACUGUUGCAGGAUAUCAGAUCCUCCACAUGGACUCCAACUACCUGGUGGGCUUCACCACAGGCGAGGAGCUGCUCAAGCUGGCCCAAAAUUGGUCGGAAAGCCCUCUCGAAAAAGGACCAUCAUCAUCAUCUGAGGCUGUUCCUAGUCCCAUCCAGACCAAUCUCCCAAAGUCUGCUGACCUCGGCAUCCACCGGUCCUCGAGAAUCUCCAAAGCCAGAAGUCGUUAUUACCAGCCCUAUGACAUUCCUAGUGUCAGCGGUCGGAGACGCAGGCGCAUGCCCAGCUCAGGAGACACCGUCCUCAGGUCGCUGGCACAUGGAGAGUCCGGCAGGGGGCUGCACGCUCCGCUUCCUCUCUGCCUCCUGAAAGGAAAGAGGAGCCAGUCCAGGUCUCUGGAGUACCUAAACCUGGACAAGAUCACCAUCAAGGAGUCGACGGACACGGAGGUGCUGCAGUACCAGCUGCAGCACCUCACCCUCCGUGGAGAGCGAGUCUUCUCCAGAAACAAAACUUAAAGGCACACGCAUCUAAAUUUAGGUGUCUGUCACUCUUUGGGGGAUUUGGGUGCUAUUUUCAGUGUGGUUUUCUUUGUACUAUGAUUGUAGGAAGUUCUAUAACAAAGCUGACUGAUAAUCUGAUUAACCUGGGGUAAAACCCUGCCGUGGAUCGCACCUGGUUCUCACCUUGUCGUGAGCUCAUCUGGGUACAAUGUGAAUCUCAUUAACUGAAGCAAUAACCAGUGAUCAUACUUCAAACGUGAGUGUGAGUCUGCGUCGUCGGGUGCUCAAGUGCAAUGGUCUGUCUGCCUCUCUGUGUGUGCGCGCUUGUGGUCUGCGUGUUUACCGCUGAAAGGUAAACAUGUCUGCUGGAACAAACAACACUCAGGCUAUGUCCACACCACACUACCAAGUUUUUUUGUCACAUGUCAACACGACCACCAAAGAGACUCUAAGCUGCUGACAGGAAGAACUGAAACGUGAGUGAGGAAAAUGUUCAUGUCCGCAUUUUCCAACAGCAACCCGGUAGAUGAUUUCAUUAAAAUAAAAAAAAAGUCAAUUCAUGUUAUUACUCACCACAGCUUCGCAGCAUAGUUAGUUUUGAUCAAAUAUCUAUGGAACUUGCAUUGUGUGAGGGGAGAGAAUUUCCUUCAGUAUGGGGCAGCUCCCCCUGAUAACACACACCCUCUGCUUGUGAGUGAAGCUUACUUGUGAACGAUGGUAAAACACAGUUGUGCUCGUACGUCUACAUUCCCUGUCACUCAUGGUUAGUGGUGAAGUCAUUCCCAUACCCCAGUCUUCUGUGGCCCUGCAUUUUCUCUGAUGGUGAAGCUGCCUAUUCUUCUCAAUGAUAUUGAGGUGAGGAGACUGAGGUGGACACUUCUCCCCAGGACCUUCCCUUUAUUCUACUUGGCUUUGUGUUUUCCAUCAUUAUCAUGCUGGAAUAUCCAAGUACGUCCCAUGAGCUUGCUGCAGUCAUUUCGCCAUCCAUUUUGACUAAUGUAGCAUUUAUGGUUUCGGGCCAAAAGUUCUUUUUUUUUCUCUCAUCACCCCAAAUGAUUUGGUGCAGAGGUUUUGAAUCUUGUCUCUGUGAUGUUUGGCAUAUUGUGUUUUUUUUGUUUGCGUAGCAAUGGAUUUCUUCUGGGGACUUGACCCAGCAGCUCUACACAGCUGCCCAUUUUUCUCUCUCCUUAUUGUGCAUCUGGAAACAUCCGCACUACUUUUUUCAGAGAGUCCUGUACUUCAGCUGACGUUAUCUGUGGGUUUCUUAGCAUCUUGAAGUUUUCCUGGCAGACAUUUCUGUUGGUCGACCCGAUCGUGGUUUGGUUACCACAGAAUAGCCAUUCUCAGUUGCUUUUAAUAACUUCUUAUCUCUCCCUUUCCUGUUUGAUGCAGUUGAAUUGUCCUUCAGAGCUUUGGACAAGUCUUAUGCUUUCACAUGACUCGUAAUACAGAGUCAGUCCGGCAGCUCACUGAACCUUUACACACUGGUUUCAAGCAGAUAGUGGAUGCUUGCCUUUAGUUGCCAUUCAGACUCAUUUGUGUCAACUUGUGUUGUGUUGUCAGUGUGUGUUGUCAGGCCAAAAUUUGUGUGGUGUCUGUUGUCAUCAUGAUUUAAGGAGAGUAAACACAGUUGUUUGAUAAUAGCUUCACCUGAGGAGCCACCAUGAGUGAAAGAGAGCUUUUUGUGUUCAUCCAUACUCACUGAAAUAUGGUCAAGAAAUCCUAACUUCUGCCAGGCUAUGUACACUCACGAGCACAACUGUGCGAUCGUGCUGACCAAUGGCUAAUAGCUAUUCUUUCACAACAUUAAAAGUACAACAUACUGAUCACACCCUGCUACUUUGAGUCAGUUGGAACCUGACAUACAUUUCACUCAAGUAAUGGUUCAAAGAAAGACUUGAUCAGGAGUGAAAAAAGAAUAAGAGAGAGAGAAACACACACAUGCAUGUUUGUCUCUAUCUUUGUGAGGACCACUCACAGCCUUAAUUGCUUUGCCCAACCAAUGGCUAACUUUAACCAUGACUCUAAACCAAAUUUUAAUAACCUUUUAGCCUUCCAAACCCUAUGAGGAGUGGACCAGAAGGUCUUCUCAAAGCAAAAUACCCUCACAAGGUGUGUUGCCGAAGAUUGGUCCAUACAAGGAUAGUAAGACAAAUAUGUGCGCACACCCACAUAGAAACGUCACAGUGGUGUGAAAGCUAAAGCUUGCAGUCAUUGUCAAUGCCGUGGUGGUCAAUGUGAAAAUCAACUACUGAUGUUUUCAGAUAAAAACACUGUGGUUUGGAUGUGUCUGCUGUAAAUGUGUCAUUGCGAUUGGUCCUGCACUGCUGCCUUCAGUGUGGGCUUCUAGUCUCGGCUUUCAUUUUUUCCACAUCGUUUUAUAAAACAUGUUCACAUCCUUCCACGGAGUCACUCACCAUUAUUGUGUCAUUUAACCAGUUUAAAGAGUAUUUCUUGUGAUAUAUGUGAAAAAUCAGAACGACAAUUUGAUGUUUUUUGAAUCUUUUUUUAAUGUUCAUUUGGCAUUGUGUCAGCCAUUUUGUUUUUGUGUGGACUUGUGUGGAGAGACAAAAGAAAGGUGUCUCAAUCAUCCAAAAUAUUUCUGUCACGCACUCACAAGUGCAGUAAGAAAGUUCAAACCUCAUCCUUGUCCCACAGGCACGAACCGCUGCCUGAAUGUUUGUCUGGCCAUGUGAUGGUCGACUAACUAGUUGUGUUGGAUUUCAAUAGUCCUUGAAGCACUCAUUUUGACGUGGGAUUGUUUCAAGUGCUCGGUUGUUGAAUAAUAACUUCACUGUUUUUUCCACUUACCACUUGUUUUCCAAAAGACUAAUUCUGUGAUGCCAUAUUUCUCACGUUCACGUUCCUUGUAGACCAAAAAUACCGCAAUUGUCCUUCAUGGCUUCAUGACUGUUCUGUCACACCUCUAUAAAAUCUGCCACAGUAAAGUUUGUAGAGUUGUAAAGUCUGUAGCUUUUUCCCCUUCACACAAAAGUCUAUUUUUGGCUGUGGGAUUCAAAUGAAGCGGCUUAAAUCUGACAUCUAUGCGCUUUAUUCUGCUGGUAUGUGUCCUGAACAGAUGGUCAUAUGGCUGUUUUUUUUGUAUUUUUUUUUUUAUUCAAACAUACAGAAGUUAUCUGAAGAUGCAAGCCAUCUGUUAGUGGAACAGAAGAUUUGUCUUUGUAUGUCCCAUGUUCUAUACUGAUUCAUUGACUCUUCUCUAGUACGUGUGGAUUCUUUGCCGAUAUGAUUUGCUUAUUGUCUUUGCUUGACUUGAAGCGUAUUAUAUGCGAUCAACACGUUCGUUCCAUCCACUGGAUCGCUGAGGCAGAGGCUGAAGCAAAGGGUGCCAGACUUUCUUGUCCCAUGGCUCCGCCUCCAGCAUUCCUGCGCGGUUCCAGCAUUUCCUGGCUAACUGGAAUCUCUCUGGCUUACCUGCUUCCCAGAAAACCUAUAUUUGUUGACAUUAAAUUCAGCUGCUUCCUGUUUAGGCCGGACUUUCUCCUCACCUUAUGUUUGUGUGUGGAACAAGCCCACAGCCAGUUGACCUGUUGUCAUGUUGAGAGCCAUGGUGAUGGGUCAGAGUCAUGGUUGAAUUGACUUAACAUAAUCAUAUCUGGUUGGACCGUGCUUACAUAAAUAAUAAAAUACCUUAUCUUGUCUUUUAUAUCCCCAAUCUUGUGCAAUCUAAUGCAAUGUUUUGUGCAAAACUGGCGUGUGUUUCGCGUGAAAUGAACUUGUCUGGGAAAUUUGAAUAGACUUUGACAGGCUUUGCAGAUGAAUAAAUC